GUCAAUAUGCCUCCCACGACACCGUACGCUGGCAAGUUCAGCCCCAGCCCUUACAACAACAACAUCAAUCUCAACAAAUACCACCAGCCCAUGGAAGUGAGCUACGGGGACAUGUGCUACCAUGACAACAGUCUUGUUUCUGGCUCCCUGGAGGCCCUAAUACAACACUUAGUUCCCACAGUGGACUACUACCCUGACGUGAGUGCUAUCUCUGGAACAACAACAACAUAAAACAUGAGCAAUGGAAUCAUACCAACAUAUUUGGGGUUAUGAUAGGGUAAAGACAGUUAGGCUCAUAAGGCAUUAUAAGUUAUAUUCUUCAAGAACAUGAUGUUAGUGAUGUUAUCUCUGGUCCAAAUGACAACAAUCAAAAACAUAAACAAUGGACUUUUACAACCUGUUGUUAUGCCAAAUAGAAUACAGCUAUAUUUUGUGUUGUGUGUACUAACAAAGUCCAUAAAGCAUCCAUAAGUUAUGUUCUUCAAGGAAAAAUGGGUAGACUAUGUACAGUAUAUUAUUAACAGAAGUGACCACUGAAUAGCAGGAAAUGUGCCAGAUUAUACUGGGUUUAUGCUGGGUUGAUGCUGGGAUGAUGCUGGGUUGAUGCUGGGUUUAUGCUGGGUUGAUGCUGGGUUGAUGCUGGGUUGAUGCUGGGUUUAUGCUGGGUUUAUGCUGGGUUGAUGCUGGGUUUAUGCUGGGUUUAUGUUGGGUUGAUGCUGGGUUUAUGCUGGGUUUAUGCUGGGUUUAUGCUGGGUUGAUGCUGGGUUGAUGCUGGGUUGAUGACAACAUGAGUUGUUGUUGAUUAUCUUUUUUCUUGUUCUCCAUCAGAGGUCGUACGUCUUCACCUUCCUGCUGAGUUCCCGUCUCUUCCUCCACCCCUAUGAGCUCAUGUCUCGGCUUUGUCACCUGUGUGUGGAGCAGCAUCGAUCUGGAGACCUGCUGCUUGAUAAGGUAGCUAACACACACACACACACAUAUAAAGACAAACACGCAGACACCAACCUGCAGGAACACACACACAAACACACAGCACACACACACAGUUGUUCUUAACAACCAGGAGUGGACACCACCUCUUUACAGUGUCUCUAACACUGGCAUGUCUUUCUCCUUGCUGUCCUCAGAUCAGAAUACGGGACGUUGCUCCAAAGAUCGUGCAGCUGCUGACAGAGUGGACAGAGACGUUUCCCUAUGACUUCAGAGAUGAGAGGAUGAUGCGCUGUCUGAAAGAGAUGAGCCAUCAUCUGGCCAGAGGAGAUGAGGUCAGUACCCAGAUAUAACAUAUUGCUGGCUGGCUGGCUGGCUGGCUGGCUGACUGACUAGCUGGCUGACUGGUCAAUAGAGAUGAGGUCAGUACCCAGAUAUAACAUAUUGCUGGCUGGCUGGCUGGCUGGCUGACUGGCUGACUAGCUGGCUGACUGGUCAAUAGAGAUAAGGUCAAUACCCUGAUAUAACCUCUGACUGACUGACUUAAUGAUUGACUGGCUGGCUGGCUGGCUGGCUGGCUGGCUGGCUGGCUGGCUGACUGGCUGACUAGCUGGCUGACUGGUCAAUAGAGAUAAGGUCAAUACCCUGAUAUAACCAUCUGCCUGACUGACUUAAUGAUUGAACUGCGCGGGUGGCUGCUGGGCUGGUGGUGGCGGCUGAUCUGACUGGCCUGAUGACUGGUAAAUAGAGAUAAGGUCAGUACCUGAUAUAACCUCUGACUGACUGACUCAUUAGAGACAAUAGACAUGACAUCAGACAUCUAAUUUGACCAGUUACGGUUGAGUUUGACAUCAGACACCUUGUUUAUCACAAAUUGAGCUUGAUCAAGGAUGAACUAAACUGCUGCCUUGUGUUGAUAGUGUUAUAUCAUUACAAAUAUGUGUCACUCAUGUGUUACUGUAUGUCAUUAUAUGUGUUCUAUGUGUUCUAUGUGUUCUAUGUGUUCUAUGUGUUAUAUCAGCAGUAGAUACAGAUGUCGGAUCUUAAUUUGAGCCAGUUCGCUACAGCAGGAAAGUAAUCCUGCAGCAACAGGAAAUUUGAAUUAUUAUGUUGAUUUUUAAUGGACAUUUUUUGUAUGGUUUUAUAUAUUUUCCGUUAGGGUAAAUCAAAUCUGACAUUUUAAAGUGGAAAUUACAAACUUUAGAAGCCUUUUUAAACCUUGAAUACACUACAAAUUUUAAAUGUCCUGCAUUGCAGGACAUUUCUCCCGCAACAGGGUGAUCAAGUUAAGAUCCUACAUCUGUAAGUAUAUGAUAUAUCUAUAGAUAUUGAUUUUCCUUUCUGUUGUUUGUGCUGGAACAGUACUAGACCAUAUAGAAAUAUACCGUACAUAUACUGUUUCAUCUCCUCUUUUCGUUGUGUUAUAUCAGUAUGCGUAUUCGGUACAUAAAUUGAUCUACUCUUUACGUUGUUAUAUCAGUAUGCGUAUACGGUACAUACAGUUUAUUAGGUACACCCAUCUAGUACUGUGUCGGACCCCCCUUUACCUCCAGAACAGCCUGAAUUCUUUGGGGCAUGGAUUCUAUAAGGUGUGGCAUUCAAACGUUGCUCAAUUGGUCGAUCCCCGGGACCACCCAUACGUAAAAAUGUAUGCGCACAUGACUGUAAGUCGCUUUGGAUAAAAGCGUCUGCUAAAUGGCAUAUUAUUAUUAUUAUUAUUAUUAUCAAGGGACCUAAUGUGUGCCAGGAAAACAUUCCCCACAGCAGUACACCACCGCUACCAGCCUGUACCGUUGGCACCAGGCAGGAUGGGGCCAUGGACUCAUGCUGGGUAUGCCAAAUCCUGACUCUGCCGUCAGCAUGACGCAACAGGAACCGGGAUUCGUCGGACCAAGCGAUGUUUUUCCACUCCUCAAUUGUCCAGUGUUGGUGAUCACGUGCUCACUGGAGCCUCUUCUUCUUGUUUUUAGCUGAUAGGAGUGGAACCUGGUGUGGUCAGCUACUGCAAUAGCCCGUCCGUCACAAGGACCAACGAGUUGUGCAUUCCGAGAUUCCAUUCUGCACACCACUGUUGUACUGCUCCGUUAUUUGCCUGUUUGUGGCAGGCCUGUUAGCUUGCACGAUUCUUGCCAUUCUCCUUCGACCUCUCUCAUCAACGAGCUGUUUUCACCCACAGGACUGCUGCUGACUGGAUGUUUUUUGUUUGUCGCACCAUUCUCUGUAAACCCUACACACUGUUGUGAGUGAAAAACCCAGGAGGCCGGCUGUUUCUGAGAUACUGGAACCGGCGCACCUGACACCGACGAUCAUACCACGCUCAAAGCCGCUUAGGUCAGUCAUUUUGCCAAUUCUAACAUUAAAUCGAACAGUAACUGAAUGCCUCGAUGCCUGUCUGCCUGCUUUAUAUAGCAAGCCAUGGCCACGUGACUCACUGUCUCUAGGAGCGAACCAUUUUUGUGAACGGGAUGGUGUACCUAAUAAAAUGGCCACUGAGUGUAGAUUGAUUUUUCUCUUUAUGUUGUUUUAUAUCAGUACUCAUAUCUCUUGAUGUUGUUUUAUAUCAGUACUCAUAUCUCUUGAUGUUGUGUUGUAUCAGUACUCAUAUCUCUUGAUGUUGUGUUGUAUCAGUACUCAUAUCUCUCGAUGUUGUGUUGUAUCAGUACUCAUAUCUCUUGAUGUUGUGUUGUAUCAGUACUCAUAUCUCUCGAUGUUGUUUUAUAUCAGUACUCAUAUCUCUUGAUGUUGUUUUAUAUCAGUACUCAUAUCUCUUGAUGUUGUUUUAUAUCAGUACUCAUAUCUCUUGAUGUUGUGUUGUAUCAGUACUCAUAUCUCUUGAUGUUGUGUUGUAUCAGUACUCAUAUCUCUUGAUGUUGUGUUGUAUCAGUACUCAUAUCUCUUGAUGUUGUGUUGUAUCAGUACUCAUAUCUCUCGAUGUUGUUUUAUAUCAGUACUCGUGGCGGGCCAUGCAGCAGAUGACUCAGCGGUUGAUCCGGAGGUUGGCGGCUCUGGGUCAGUAUGAGGAGGCUAUCGCCACGCUCAACGCCUCCGCAGCCGAAAGACCCACCGCUCUGAAGGCCAAGCAGCAGAACGGACAGAGGAAUGAUGUCCUCAGUGUCUGUGAUGAUUCCUUUAUACUAGCCCAGCAACUCACACACAUUGAACUGGUGAGGAGAGAUUAUAUUGUAUAUGUGCCUUCUAGACAUGUGGUGUUCAGAGAAGUUGAAACUGAAUGGCAUUUCUGUUUGAAUUAGAAGUUAUUGUUAACUAGAAGUUUAUCCUAUACAUACACUUGAUCCAUCAAGUAACGUUUAUGUAAGAAUAUUGAGUUUAGAAAUAUUUGCUUAUUAUACCUUAUGAUUUUUCCAAUUCCAGGACAGACUGAGUUUUAUCGGACCAGAGGAAUUCAUCCAAGCCUUUGGGGUGAAAGAUUCCCUGGACAACCAUAAGGUAGGCCUGGUCCACUACCGUGUACAUAACAUUGUCCACUACCUUCCACUGGAUACAUAAGAGACCAUAUGUCAGUCAUUAUGGUUAGGCUACUGAAUGGGUUGUGGCUGACUAUCAUUGUGUUGGCCUGUUAACAAUUAUCAACAGAGUACAUCACAAUAAGUAGCCAAGAACUGAGUGAGAGAAACAACUCUAGACCACAUUCAUUUUACAUGAAAAUAAACCGAAUUUACUGGAUUGCUCCAACAGCAGUUCCAUGUUGUAAUUCAGCUAGAUAAUAAGUUGAAUAGUAACCAUGAACUUUUUUUCCCCCUCAGAGUUUCUUCCGAAAACGCAAGACUACUAACCUGGAGGCCUAUGUAGCUUGGUUUAACAGACUCAGCUACCUAGUGGCUACUGAAAUAUGCAUGGUGAAUGCUCUCUUUCUUUCUUACUUACUUUCUGUCUCUCUCUCACUCUUCAGCUCUCUCUAUCUCCUGAGUGGCGCAGUGGUCUAAGGCACUGCUUCGCAGUGCUAACUGUGCCACUAGAGAUCCUGGUUCGAAUCCAGGCUCUGUCGCAGCCGGCCGCGACCGGGAGACUCAUGGGCGGCGCACAAUUGGCCCAGGGUAGGGGAGGGAAUGGCUGGCAGGGAUGUAGCUCAGUUGAUAGAGCAUGGCGUUUGCAACGCGGCGCACAAUUGGCCCAGGGUAGGGGAGGGAAUGGCUGGCAGGGAUGUAGCUCAGUUGAUAGAGCAUGGCGUUUGCAACGCCAGGGUUGUGGGUUCGAUUCCCACGGGGGGCCAGUAUAAAAAAAAAAAAAGUAUUCACUAACUGUAAGUCGCUCUGGAUAAGGGCGUCUGCUAAAUGACUAAAAUGUAAAUGUAAUGUAAAAUGUCUCUCUCCCCACAAUCAUUCUCUUUCUGUCAUCCUUUCUUUCUCACACUCUGUUGCAAUGGUUUUGUGUUUUCCUUCCUUCCAGCCAGUAAAGAAGAAACAUAGAGCCCGGGCCUUGGAUUUCUUCAUAGAUGUGGCUAGAGAAUGCUACAACAUUGGCAACUUCAACUCACUCAUGGCCAUCAUCAGUAAGUUACAAUACAGGGCUCUAGAAUGAUUUCUAUAUUCUACAAUAGAAUGCUUAGAAUUGGAAUUUCAGUUUACUUCCUGAAUUCACUGAAUUGAAAUGGAAUUGAUCCCCAACCCUGCUCUCCUCUCCCCACAGCCGGAAUGAACAUGAGUCCUGUGUCUCGACUGAAGAAGACCUGGAGCAAAGUCAACACAGACAAGUUUGACAUACUGGAGCACCAAAUGGACCCCUCCAGUAACUUCAGUAACUACCGUACUGCCCUGCGAGGAGCCACCCAGAGGUCUAUUACAGCACACAGCAACCAGGAGAAGAUAGUCAUUCCAUUCUUCAGCCUUCUCAUCAAGGACAUCUACUUCCUCAAUGAGGGAUGUGCCAGCCGACUACCCAACGGUCAUGUCAACUUUGAGGUGAGUCUUACUGUAACAGAAAGGCAUUAUUGUUAGGAUAACUGAUUAGGACAAUACUCUUCUUCUAUUACGCGUUUAGUAGUGAGCAAAAAGGGCAUUGUUGUCAAUAUUGUUCAUUUCAAUGAAUGUUAAUUUCCUGUUUCUCUAUAGAAACUGUGGGACCUGGCGAAGCAGGUCAGUGAGUUCCUGGUGUGGCGUCAGGUGACGUGUCCCUUUGAGAGAGACAGGAAGAUCCUCCAGUACCUGGUCACCACACCGGUCUUCACCGAGGAUGAGCUGCACUUGGCCUCCUAUGAGACCGAAGGUCCAGAGAACCACCUGGAGAAGGACAGUCGGAGGUCUCUCAGGUGUGUAACUUUACUUUUUUUCUCUUUGCUAACUUAAUGUUAACUUUAAUCAAGGGUUUGCACUCACACACUGCACAGUUUUUAUUUAAAUAAUAACAUUGUGUUAUGUGUCUUGUGUUUCAGGUCAUCCCUACUGCAUAGAGAGCAUCGGUGAGUGACGGUCAUGAGUGGGACACUGGGCGAUCCUCUUUCGCAACAAGAGGCUCACAGUCGACAGGGUCUGGAAGAUUACGAUUUUCACAAAGGAUGGGGAAAAUAACUGUUUCAAGCACUCAGAUAAAGGAUGCCUCCUUCUACAUUUUACAUUUUAGCAGACGCUCUUAUCCAGAGCGACUUACAGUUAGUGAGUGCAUACAUUUUUUGUUUUUCAUACUGGCCCCCCGUGGGAAUCGAACCCACAACCCUGGUGUUGCAAGCGCCAUGCUCUACCAACUGAGCUACACGGGGCCCUGGAAACUGAAAAUCUUGCCUCUCGCACUGUACAUUGACAGAUGAUUCAUUUGUAACAUGUCUACCCACACAGUAUUACAGUUAUUUUACAGAUGAUUCAUUUGUAUCAUGUCUACCCACACAUUAUGACAGUUCUUUUUUAUACCAAUGGGUCGAAAUGGUUACUGAUGAUUUUCAAAGCUUUUCUGAAGUAGUCUUUCUGAAGUGUCAUGAGCUUGUUGCUGGUUGGCUUGCUCAGUGUUCUUAAAAUGUCAUCUAUUAUUAUUUUAUGUUUUUGUUCUUAGUAAAUUGUGUUUUGUAUAUAUGUCAGACAUUACUGAAAUAUUUGUGCUGAACCUAAAAAAAAUAUAAUCUCAUCUUUGGUGAAAGGAAUAUGAAUAUGACUGAAUAGCCUGUGAAUAGUUAACUCUGUUUUUUACAUUUUUUGCCUCAUCAUAUGUGUUUGUUUACCUUACAGAUAUGACUUUUUAUAAAUGUUUUAUGUUGACGUAUUCUCAUCUUUUUUUACUAUUUGGUUUUGUAUCAUGUAUGUUUUUAUUGUUUGGCCACCCCAAUGUGUUACUUAUCAAUGUACUCUACAUGACGUUCUUAUGAAAUAAUAGGUAUAUACUUCUUUCAAAAGAAAAUAAAAAACAUUGAAGCUGAGUUUUUUUCUAUCCCUGUAAAUAGCUCUCUAGUACC